AGCCCACAAUGCCUAAUCUAUAUAAAUAUAUUUGGGACAACAUCCUCAUCUACUCGCGAGACAUGAAGCAGCACGUCGAACACCUACGUGUUCGACAUUCUUCGACGAGAACGAUUCUACGUCAAAUUGUCCAAGAGCGAAUUUCCCUCGAGAAGCUCCAAUUCCUCGGACACAUGGUGAGCGAUCAAGGAGUUCACGUCGACCUCAAGAAAAUCGAAGCCGUACGCACGUGGAAGACUUCCGAGAAUGUGAAGGAGUUGCAGCAGUUCCGAGGCUUCGCUAACUAUUACAACAGGUUCGUGCCACAGUACGCGAAAAUCGCAACACCACUAACGAAUUUACUGAUGAAGACCACGCCUUAUAAGUGGGAACAAAAACAUCAGGAAGCUGUGGAGGAACUGAAACAAGCACUCAAGUCCGCACCCGUACUCAUCUUGCGAGAUCCCGAAUGCGACUAUGUCAUCGAAGCAAACGCUAGCGACCAGGCCGUGGGAGCAGUCCUGAUGCAAGACCAGGGGAAUGGACUACAACCAAUCGCCUACCUCAGCAAGAAAUUACACGGGGCAGAACUAAACUACCCGAUACACAACAAGGAGGCCCUUCCUAUUAUCAUCGUUUUCAAAACGUGGAAAAGUUAUCCUGAAGGACAAAAAACAUCCAUCUACACUAACCACUACAACUUGAAACAUUUGAAGACACAGCCAAACCUCUCCAGGUGGCAGCUCCGGUGGAUCGACUUCCUCGAGACGCACUUCCACUAUGACAUCGUGUACAAGCCUGGCCAUAAAAACAAAGCAGACGCUCUUAGUGGGCCUGCACACGUUGCCACUAUCCAGGUAGAAGGGAUGAACCCACUCCUCAAGAGACUCUUCACACGCGGGUACACCAUUGACCCCGAAAUUCCCUUGGCAGAAAAGCGACACCUGCUAUAUUUCUACUCAAAGAAUACCAUGAUAAGAUGUACAAAACUUUGUCACCUCGUGCGAUACAUGUCAGCAGAUGAAGAGCAGCAAGCAGAAAAAGGCAGGACUACUAGAGCCUCUUCCUAUCCCAGAAUAAGCAUGGCAAGUGGUGAGCAUGGACUUCAUCACCGGGUUUCCAACUACCACAAGUGGUCAAGAUGCAAUCCUCUUCGUCAUCGACAAAUUCUCCAAAACGGGACACUUCAUCCCGACACACACGACAGCAUGCACCUAGGAGAUGGCACAACUAUUUGUUCGCUACAUCAUCACAUAACACGACAUUCCAACCACACUCAUCUCCGACCGAGUCCCCAAGUUCACCAGCAAAUUCAGGAAGGAACUGAUGUCUCUGCUCAGGACCAAACUCGCCAUGUCAUCCGCCUACCAUCUGCAGACAGACGGCCAGACCGA